AUGGACAGACUUGAUUAUCCGAUAACAGUGAUAUUCAGUCGACCUGUAAUAGCACUGGGCACCGAGACAUUCGAUAACAAUGUUACAAACAGUUACCUUCAUCUUUUCUGCAAUUCCGAGCAGCCAGUGGCAGGCCACUUCCGAUGGGUGACCAGCUCCAUUGUGCGCUUCGAAGUCCUGGAUGGCUGGCCCAACAACCUCCGAUGCUCAUUCUACGUGGACCCCCUGCUAGUGACGUAUGAUGGCGUACGUCUGGACAAGAUACCAGACCCAAUCGAGUUUGAGACGCAGCCACUCCACAUGGCCAUUUAUGACGUCCAUUCGCCAAAGACUGAUCAGAUGACCAACAACUGGUGGGAUCCGUUUAGGUCAUCAAAGAUCACCGAUAGUUACUUUGACGAACAGCCCGACAUUGAGGAGUUGACCACCAAGAUGGGCAUGUUCAAGACCAGCGUCAAGAUGAUGUGGAGUUGGCUUAAGAGCUACAUCUGGAGUCUCUUUGAUGACACGGACACUUCUGGCGGAAGACAGAAUUUCAUACCCGAGGUGCCACCCGAUGCCAUCGUCCAGGUGGUGCUCAGCUGCCCGGUACAACUGGAUACGUUGAAGACCAAUCUAAAGGCAUUCGAUUCAAAUGGCGCGAGCAUCCAAUUCAACAUAUUCAUGUGUAAUGAUACAAUGAUCAAUAGACCAGGAUUUAGACGCAACCCAGACGUAAACUCAUACGGCCGUGCGGGGCACUCAUUCUGCAUUGCCUUUGGCAAUAGGUUAGCCGUUGGCCAGAAAUACAAACUCGUUCUUCCCAAGAACACUGUGUUGCAUCCGAGCACUGGACCAACCCAUUCAUCAACCUCUGUAGAGCUGAUGGGAUUACAUCCAUUCCAAAUUCGUUCAUAUACCAAUAUCAUUAGAUUAAAUUCCAACACAUUGGUGUUGAGUAUACCUCAUGGUCUACCUCAUGGACCAUUCACACCAGAGCAACUGAUCAAUGUCCUCAAGGAAUCAAUGAGCAUCUCACCUUCCCUGGACUUCAAUAUCUCAAUUCAAGGCAGCACUCAAAUCUUGGUUGAAGCAUUGUUUGAACCAGACUCGGUAUAUGAGUUGAUGAUUAAGCCUGUGCAGCCAAUGUUUGAUGGAUGGGACCUGCCAUUGAUGGACCAUAAUGUCUUAAUCAAAGUGGAUGCAGGCAGCUCAUACGUCACAACACAUCACUCUCAAUCACUGAUUCUCCUCCCAGCAUACAAUCAAUCACAACUCUCUGCGAUUAGCCAGAACAGAUUGGACAAGAACACCAAGUUCAAGAUGUGUAGGAUGUCCUACAAUACAGAGUACAACGAGAGUGAGAUGGCAUUGUUUGGCUAUCCCGUCACCAUGUCCAACUUGUUGGCAGCGCUCAGAAGCAUUUCCAAAUACAAGGUGCUACCUAGUCUUGGAAGCCCGCUCGAGAAUGUCACGCUGCCCCAGAUCCAAGACAAUCUGCCCAAGGUAACAGAGCUCAACUCUACACUACUGUGGCAGGAGAGUGGCGCCUAUGUGAUGGCAGAGCCAACCAUAUAUGAUUAUGCAUGCAAGGGUAAAAGACAGAUCAAGUUGGUACAAGAGUCCGACGUUGGAGUGACCCUACUUAGCUUUGGUCCAAACAAGGUGGUUUGGGUCACCAACGUUACAAAAGGCGACAACAUGGCGGAUUUAACCGUUCACCUCUAUACAAGUGUGGAUGGGAUCAAGAGAAGACACGACCGCACGAUAUCUCAGAAGGUGAACUACCAUAGUCAGGGCAAGACGGAUGCUCGCGGAGUCGUCCACUUCUCCGUUGACUCAUCAGUGUACGCUAUCGCCGUUGAAUAUGUUUCAAAGCAUGAUGGCAAAAGUAGGCUGUUUGUUCACUUGGCUGAAUACAGAGGCAGAUACUAUGAUCAAGAUUGGCACGAAUACUCAAAGCCAUCAUCGCCCAAAUACCAGAUUGUAACUGAUCGUGGAUUCUACAAACCAGGCGAUACCAUCCAUCUCAAGGCCUACAUCAAGUACCCAAUCACAAUCAGUCAGGAGCAGCAACGACUCAAGACACACACCGUGGAGAUUGGUUGGACCACAUCAGAUGGCUUUAACAUGUUCAAACAGGACGUGUUGUUGGACCCCGUCUAUAACUCAUUCAAUGUGAGUUUGGCUGUACCCAGUGACGUCAGACCCGAUCGAUACACUCUCAAUGUCAAUUCAUACGCACCAGAGACCGACCCACAACAACCUGAUGUUGUUGGGGACUCCCCACUUCCAUCAGCUGAUGGAGGUGACGAUGAUGACGAUGAUGAAGAGGACGAUGGAUCUUUAUUCAAUAAUAGAGAAUGGAGGGAAUCAGAGUCGGGUGGCGGCACACAUAUCAUUGUCAGCGACCCAAGAGUACCGACAGGCAUUGUCACGCUCACCUCUGACGAUGAGUUCAUCUUGGCCAGCAAGAAUGAUGAUGAGCCUCACAUACUCAAUCUCAAGGUCAAGACUUCCAACUACCUUGGCUUGGUACAACCCGGUCAGAUUGUAACGGUGACGUACUCAACUGGCGCAGACUGGUUUGGUCGAAAGAAAGAAAGUGCCAACAAGACAUGCCGCGACAACGAACGCUGUCGUCGCCCACGAUACGUACGAGUCCACAAAGAGUUCAACAUUACAACUGACGAUAAUGGAAUGGCAUUGGUUCCAAUAUCACUAGAUGCCAAUGAGUUCUACAUUGGCAACCAAGUCCGAGUUGUGGCAAAGUACAUGGACCCAUCACGCUCACUCAUCAAGUCCGAUGAAUUCGAGCGAUACAUCCUUGACGGCCCAUACCAGUUCAAGUUUGAGUUGGCGUCGUACAUCAACAACAAUCCUAAAUGGAUGAUUGACGUGCCAGGCAUCCCUCAAGGCAUCAUUGCUCACCUGUAUCACGUGCCAACUAUGUCCAAGAUCAACAACGUCAAUGUGUCACUCACGAUGAAUGACUCACACAUAUGCUCAUUCAUGACGAAUACCGAUAUGGUGACGCCUCCUUGUCACUUUGCCAUUCCAGACUCGACCCAUGAUGUUGUGGCACAGGCUGUGGACCCUCUGGGCAACACUGUCACUGGCUCAUUCAAUGUAUAUAAUAAUCAAGAUGAAUAUGAGAAAGAGCCAUUCGGAUUCCCAAAGACGCUUACACUAUACCCAGAUCGCCAAUUUUAUGAUGACAUUGACAUUGCCACUCAGUCUCCGGCCAUCACCUUCUGGAACCCUUUCACCUAUGGCAACGUGUUAGUGAACUGGGGUUGCAACAACUUCCAAGACAUCAUCACAAAGAGUGAACUAUCAUAUGGCAUCCACUCAUUCACUCUGCCAUCGAUACCAGAGGUCUGCCUCAACACUGGUCUUUAUGUCACAUUGGCCGUACAAGGCAGCGAGCCAGGCUUUGUCGUGCCUAGCACUGUCCCACAGAAGUCCAUCCCCAAAGACACACCCAGAGCGUCGACUGGCACCAAAUACCUUCGAAUCAUCCAACGCCCACGUAUCAACUUGGCAAUCGAGCUACCAACCCAGGAAGUACAGCCACGCUCAAAGGUCAACAUUACACUCAAGGUCACCGGUGCGAAUGGACUGCCACACCAGGGCGAGACCGAAGCAUGUCUGUUUGUUGUGGACAAACGAGUGUUGGACCUUGUUCCACAUCCACAGACUAGUGCAGACUCAUUCAGAUGGUCAAUGAAGUCCUACAGUCUGAACGGCGACACAUCACGCAACAAUAUCAUCGACAACUACAUGACAAUGUUCAACACUGUACUCCAUCGUCUACAACAGAAAAGAUGGAUGAAUCAGGAGUGGGAUUUAGGUAGUGUGUGGAGAGACUCAGAUCUGAACGAGAAGGCAAUGUCCACAAAGAGUCGUGGUCAGAGAAUGGGCAUUGAUGAUGAUGGCUUUUCAAGUAGCGAUAAUGCACAUGGAGAUAUGCGAUCAAAGUUCCAGACCACUCCAUUAUACCUUGGAAAGACCAUUAUCAAGGAUGGUCAGACGGUCGUCACCCUGGAGCUCCCUGACGACUUGACCACUUUUGAGAUCAGGGCCAUCGCAGCGACACAGAUGCCAAAACUGGAGCUGGCCACAGCACACUCAUCAAUCAUUAGCAAGAAGGACUACAACAUACUCCCCAUUCAUCCACGCUUUGCCCGAAUCGGUGACCGGUUUGAAUGUGGCGUGUCUAUCGUCCUCACUCCCGAAGCUCAAUCAAGCUCCAAGAACUUGAUUGUUAGCAUCCAACUUGCACUGCCAACUCACCUCCAGAUGCUGACCGACCAAUCAAUCAUCGAGGUCUCUUCCUCCAACCAAGCAAUGUUCACCUUGGAAGCCUUGCACAAGGGUCAUUCAAGGAUCAUCUUUGUCCUGGCGGAUGCCAGCAACCCAGAUGUACAUCUCGAUUCAGUCAGUGUGGACCUUGACGUGCUUGGCCGCCAGCUGCCCGUCCACAUCUCCACAUCAAUGUCAAUUUCGGCAAGUGAUGGUGAGCACACAGAGAGCAUCAUCAUGCCUCCUGCCGAGCCCGGCACUGGUACCUUAGACGUGGUCGUUGCCAAAGGACAUUAUCCAAUGGUUGAGAUCAACUGUGUCCAGAUGAUUGAGCGAGCAACUGCAUAUGGACACUCUUUCGCUGACCUCAUUGCUCUUCAAGCUGCCAACCAAGCAUUGACAUUAUAUGGAUACAAUAAUGAGCUGAUCAAUCUCACAAGACAACAUCUGGACAGGUUCAAUGCAUCAUUGUACCUUGAAAACAAGCCAGUCAAGUACAUCAACAAUGAGUCCAUGUACAAGAAGCAGGCGAUUGCACAGAGAUACAUGUUGGUGCUUGUUCUGAACAGGCUCAGUUUGAUUCACGAAGGAAUUAUUAUUACACCUGAGAUUGGAAAAGCUAUGUGGUUGUACAUUGACAAGUAUCUCGAGGAUGCAGUGGAGCAUAUCGAUUCAAAGGGCAUUACUACCAGCCUCAAAGCAGACAUAGCCUUUGCAUCGUUGGCCGCAGGCGGUGACUGGGAGCACUCCUCAGACUACUACAAUCACAAGUACGGUUGGACGGCCCUUGCAAGAAGUGUUACGCAUCGAUGCGAUCUGCUAUGCCAGACUUUAUAUGUUGUCUCUUGGUCGUUCAAUCAUCACGAGGACCUUGCCAACCCACCGCCCUUUGUCCAAAAGGUUCUCAAGAACAUCGACCACAAUACUAGAGUUCAAGGCAGCACUGCCUACGUACAUAGUGGUCGUGGCAGUUCAGCCAACAUGCUGCUUACCACCUACUCAAUUAUUGCAAUCAUUCAGACACUACAUCAAUCACCAGUGUUGGAUAAAUUGGUCACAUACAUGGCCACAGGAGGCGACCAUCCUGGCUUUGAGCAUUACUAUAUUGGAUACCAAUCAUCGACAGAACAACUAGCUGUUUCAACCCUACUCCUUGCACACUUUGACAAGCCCUUACUCAAGAUGUCCAACUCAUCAGAGAUCACGUUGAAGUUGUUCAAGGACAGACAAACCUCCAACGAGUUGAUGUCGGCACACUUCAAGCCUAACUUGCUUGGCAGUGUGUCUUCGAGUAUCGACUUUGGUCAGUUUGGCAACAAUGGUACCCAACUUCACUUCCUCGCCACGGGCGAGGGUCAACUGACUGCAUCUGUAGGCAUCACAUUUGUUCCAGCUGAGCUCCCCGCCAGUCCAGUCUACCACGGAUUCCUUGUGCACAAGACCAUUAGACAACUAGACUCUAACCAGAGUCUAACACUGGCACAACUCAACAACACGAUUGCAAUUGGACAAAUGGUAGAAGUGGUCAUCUCCAUUACAACACCAGACGACAUGGGAGGCGUGGACAUCGAGGACAGCGUAUCAGCAGGCAUUGAGCCAAUGGAUAAUAAUAUCUAUGACAGUGACUACUUCAACAACAACCAUCAUAGAUAUGAACUUAAAGAUUGGUUUAGUGCAUUCUCUGAACAAUCGGUGCACAAGACACAGGUCAACUUCCAUGGAUAUCACAUUGGAGAGGGAUGCUACACAGUAUCAUAUCGUGCCAUUGCCACAACAAGAGGUACAUUCACAUUGCCACCGGCCAAGGUGUCAUCAACUUCAAGACCAGAUGUCUUUGGUCUAUCUGAGGGUAUCAUAUUCACUAUCCAGUAG